AUAAAAACCCACGCAGGAACUGUCCAAGUCAAACACAAAACCCGGCUGUGCCGAGCAAUCCAAGAUGGUUUUAGAAACCAUUUCAAGGAUAAUAAAAGUGCAGCUUCCAGCCUACCUGAAGAAGCUCCCCCUCCCGGAAAGUAUCGGCGGCUUCGCCAGCUUAACAGUGUCCGAGUGGCUCCGGCUGCUUCCUCUCCUGGGGAUCUUGGCUCUGCUGGGCUACCUGACCAUUCGCCCGUUCCUUCCCAAGAGGAAGAAGCAGCGAGACAGCCUGAUCAACCUGAAGAUCCAGAAGGAAAACCCUAAAGUGGUCAAUGAGAUCGACAUCGAGGACCUGAACUGCACAAAUGUGUGUUACUGUCGCUGCUGGCGCUCCAAAACUUUUCCCGUUUGUGACAAGUCGCACUUAAAGCACAACGAACUAACUGGAGACAACGUGGGGCCGCUCAUACUCAAGAAGAAGAUCAUAUAAUCAGUCGGCGCUGGGAGCUUACUUCUAAAAAGUCUGCCUUUUUUUCUGGUCUUGUUUAUAUAUUAUAUAUUUUUUUUACCCCCAGCAGUAAAAUCCAUAGCCUGACUGAGUAAAAGCUGAUUUUUAGGUUCUCUUUCUGGCAUCUGGGAGGGUUUGCUCUUUAUUUGAUGGUCAACUGAUUGUGUUGUUAACAGAAGAGCCUUUGUGUGUGGCUGUAAGAGUAAACUGUAUCCACGCUGGAAUCAAUUACAAACUACUGGGACCACUUUGAGGAGACGACUUGAAAUGUAAUCGCAGUGACUUCUGAUAAUCUGAACUCAUCCAGGAAGAUGAAACUUCCUAUUGACUAGUCUGACUAGCAAUUAACAUGUAUAUGGCUAAUAUAUGUAGUCAUUUUGGACUACAGUAUUCUCCUUUAGACAGCCAGCCUUUUUACUUUUCUUUUCUAAUUCCUGUGCUUUGGACAGCCUGUGUGCCAAAUUUUCAACGUAUAAACCCUUAGGAUGUGAGAGACGUUUCUGAUAAGUUAUUGUUUAAAUGGGAGCUUAACUCAUUCAUUCCUCAGAUUUAUUUGCAGUUGUUAAAACACUUGAUUUAUUUUGUACUGAGUUGCAUUUCAAACCACUGCACUGUUAAUAUCCUCUAAUAUGCAGUUUUAGCGUCACGAAUGUAUCCGUUUUCAGAGCCUCGUCUGUAUAAGAAAUUUGGGCUGUACCUUUUCUUUUUUUUUUUUUUAAUUCCCUCUGGGAUCUUUAUCGCCUAUAUUACUAGAUAUAGUUGACUUGUAGGUGGACUACUUUAUCAUUUCAUACAAAAGUACAACCCAGGUUUGGAUUUUCAGGAUCAUGUUUAUGAAUAAGUGUUCAUGAGUCUUUGCUAUGUAAUGACUUUGGUUUAUUCACUCUAAAUGUAAGAAGACAUGUUUAACUUGAUGGUUUACGUAAACAAGUUCUGCUCAUUUUGCUGUUAAGUUCAAGAAACUCUUUAUGUAACCUUGAGUUUAAAUGAAUGACACUUUGUCUAUGUUCAUCAUUUUCUGCCUUGUUUUCUCAAUUUUUUGAUUAAAACUUGUAUCAUGUG